AUGAGUAGCGGCAAGAUGGGUACUCGAAAUCGAGUACUUUCCUUCAUGUCCAAAUUCUCUGAUCGAGAGUCGUCCCCGUCCUCCAGCCAGACACCUCCUCCCCCGCCGCGGCAGGAAUCCUCCAAGCCACCGACCAGAGACAAUGUGAGGGAAGUUUCUCCGGCCAUGCCCUCGAGCAGUAACUAUAACAUGGAUGGGGCAUCGUCUUCACAGACAAGAAAUGGACGAGAGCGGGCAGUCUCCUCCUCUAGGCCAAUGUCGAUGGUGCAAACAUACCAGCCUCCUCUCAUGGAUGUAAAUGAGGAUACACUACCAGAAUUACAACCGAUUUUCACGUUUUUGAACAGCCAUGCGAACAAGUUGUACCAGGAGGGAUACUUUUUGAAGUUGGAUGACCAAAACACCCAUGGCAAAGCAAAUGCGGACCGCACUUGGACAGAAUGUUUUGCACAACUGGUUGGAACGGUCCUCUCGUUGUGGGAUGCUGCAGAACUGGACACUGCGGGACAGGAUGGCGAAGUUCUACCCAAAUUCAUCAACCUGACGGAUGCUUCGAUCAAAAUGAUUGAAUCCUUACCCACACGAUCAAGCAAUGAAGAGCCGUUGCAAAAUGUCCUCAGCGUUUCCACCGCUGGCCGAAAUCGCUAUCUCUUACAUUUCAAUUCGCAUCACUCCUUAGUUCAAUGGACUGCAGGUAUUAGGCUUGCAAUGUUUGAGCACGCCACUCUCCAAGAAGCAUAUACCGGCGCUCUGAUUGCAGGCAAAGGCAAAGGUCUGAACAAUAUUGGUGUCAUUUUGGAACGCGCCAAGGUCAAGCAUGAAGAUUGGGCUAGAGUUCGAUUCGGAGCAGGAACACCAUGGAGACGAUGCUGGUGUGUCAUUACACCACCUGAUGAGAAGGAAGUUCUCAAACUCCAAAAACAAGCCAACAAAAAGAAAUCUGCAUAUGAUAAGACAAGAUUGCCUGUCCUGAGAGGAGACGUCAAGUUUUACGAUACGAAGAAGACCAAGAAAAUGCGGCCAAUUGCGACAGUCACAGACGCCUACUCGGCAUUUGCCAUCUAUCCUCAGUCGAAACCGCUGAUCGAUGCCUCUACUCUCAUUAAGAUGGAAGGUGUAAUAACGAUACAUUCCAAUCCUCCAUCUACGACUGAAGGGUUCGUUUUCGUUAUGCCAGAAGUACACCCAGCUGUUUCAGGGUUUGAGAUGAUGCUCAGGUGGUUAUUCCCUGUCUAUGAUACAUUUGCGUUGUACGGCCGUCCAGGAAGAUUGAUUGCAGAUACUCUGGAUCCUCAAAGCUUGAUGUUUGCUAUGCCAAAGCACCGCAGAUAUGGAUAUUUGGAAAUUUUAGAUGUGACAGGUCUUAUAGUCGAGCAAGGAAGCGCAACAUGGAGAGAAUCCGAGUGGAGACGGAGGAUGAAGGAACUUACCAAGAAGCGGAUGACUGCAAUCGAGAGCGGAAGCCAUGCGAAUAGUAGGUAUAGCAGUAGAAGAAGCGCUCGUAACAGCUUUGGACCGUCACGCACCCGGUUACAAUUCGAUGAUGAGGCAUCUGUCAGAUCUUCGCCUUCGACUUCCUGGGGUCCUCCACAUCCAAACGAUGUGCCAAACCCUCUGCCACGAACCGACUCUGCUCCUGCCACUGCUGGAACUUUUAAUCCAGCUCGCCAAGUGGGCACCCACCACAGGUCAGUCUCUGAAACCCAAGGGUUGGAUCGCUAUGGAAACGAAAGCCCAGUUUCUGCAUACGAUGGACCAUAUGAGCAGGCUCCAAUUCCACCGCCACAUGCAAUUGGAGUUAAUCCUAGUAACCCAGGCUCUGGUCUCCGGUACCCCUUGGAUCUGUCUGUCCCCGACCGUAAUAGUUCAGAGGAUGAUCGUUCUGCAAGAGCAACUCCUGUGCGAGAGCUUCAGGAGUUACAAGCAACAUCUUCGCCAGAGCCAGUCGCCGCUCCUCCAGCUUUUAACCAUGGUCCUGGUGCUAAACCUAUCAGCAAACCAUAUCAUUCGCCAGAGCUUCGACGAGCCAACUCUCGGAUGUCCAAUGCAACAUUAUCUCAAAUGACAGGCGCCAGUGGUACUGCUGCUGCCAUUGCUGCGCAAGGAGAAAUGGGAAGGACAAGCGCGGAUCAUGGGCGCCAGAACGUGAGUUCACACACGGAGGACAGGAGCCAGAGAGGGGUACCACAAAACGCCAACACCCCAAAUGAUUUUCUUGCUAACCAACGUGGUAUGAAUGAAGGCUUGGUAACGUCAAACAAUGAACGGUUUUCCUUCGAGAAGUCUCACGCCUCGCAGCCUUCCAAUUUCGAUUCUCGAGCACAAUAUUCGCCCCCACCACGACUUGACUCCCUGAAUUCCGCGCAUUCGAUUCCUCCAGUUAAUGAGCAACCUCCUCCGCCACCAACACAUAAUGCUAAUACGUCUCCGCCUCGUACAUAUAAUCCUCCGGGUAUUUUCUCUUCGCCAGAGCGAGCGGUCCAGGAUCCGCGAUCUCAGGGCCAUAACCCACAGCAAUCCGUGGAUUCUACCACAAGCACAAUUUCACAAUCACAAUAUCCAAAUAAACUUCAAACGAGCCAAAGUAUAUUACGGAAGCCUUUGCCUACGCGAACUGCAACACUAAAAACUCAAAGCUCAGAAGACGAUGCCAAUUCGCCUUCAGACACUGGUAGCUUGAUAAAUCAUGUCAUCGACCAGGAUGCUUUUGAUAUGAUUGGUCUUGAUAACAGAACACAAACAUUACGCUCCGAGAACCAGAUCCAUCGACAGAACAGUGACGCCAGUAUAUACGAGGAUAAUGCUUCCACUGCAUCUCCUGACUAUGCCAGCACUCGGCCCUCUAUAGACAGCAGAAAAUCUCAGAAAUCCGUCGAAAGACCACGAGCUGGAGUGAAGAAGACGGUUGGUAACCCAGAAUCGAAUCUCAGCCAAAUGGAGAAUGCUCGCAUGUCGAUACCAGAUAUCAAUUUUGGUCCAACUAUAAAUUAUGCUGCCGGAAGGCCUCCUAUUCGAAGCCACAGCCCGGGUCUCGUGCAAAGCUAUUCGUCAGAUAGAUCCCGAUCAGGCGGUACGUCUCCUGGGCCUGCUAUGAAUAAUUAUCCUCCGGAUAGAGCUCCACGUCACAACAGUCAAUCAGGACGACCUGAGAGUGCUGGUGGGCGAACAAGAUAUGAGAGUAGAAGUACUAUUACUCCAGAGACUGCCCAUUAUCGCAACAGUUCCGCCGAGAGUAGGACAUUAGCAUGGCAACCGGGUAUGGCGGUUAGUGCGUCGCCUGCGCAGGCUCCUCAAAGCAUUACAGCAGAACAAUUUGUCGCUCAGCGAGCUGCUGCUGCGAUUGCAACACCGCAGUAUGCUCAUCAACGUCAAUCAUCUAGUAAUGCUCUAGCUCGUACAACUGUCGGACGUGCAACACCAGAUCGCAACUCGACCACACCUCCUCUAGCCCGCAACCGCUCGAGCGACUACUUGACUCAACAAGGUCAUUCUCGAAAUAGUUCUACAGACAUGUUAGCACGACCCAGCUCAAGAGGUGCUAGUGCUACGCUUAGUCCGGCGGUGGCCGCUGAGGCAUCGUCAAAAUUAUCUGCUCGUGAGCAAGAGCAUAUUGCGCGAGCGACCGGCCAGCCUCUCAUCAGCGUCGCGAACAAUAAUAAGCGUCUGUCCAUGCAUCAGCCCGGUCUAGUGGGAGCAAUCGAGGCUCGGGAAAUGGAGAAGCAGCAAAUCAAGCAGGGCAUUAAUAGCCAGGCCGUCGAACACGCUAUUCAUAAGCGUCAGCAACAGCAGCUUUAUGAACAGCAACAACAGUAUCAUCAACAACAACAAAUGCAGACAGCGUAUCGUCAGCCGCAGUCUUACAAUAUGGGGCAAUUCCAGCAGCAGCAGUACCCAGUCCACGGUCAACAGUACCAGGCGCAUCCUCAACAGCAACAGUUUCAAACGCAAGGACAAAGUCCAGGCUGGGGAACGUCUCCAGCAGCGAGUGUCUUUGCUCAAGGUGGGGGGUGGACUCAGUCCCCCGGAUAUGCUCAACCAUCACCCGGAUAUUCUCAGCAAUCUCCCGCUGGUAGACAGUCACCUGGUUACCCUCAACCAUCGCCGGGGUUUACGCCGCAAUCACAGACUGGAAGACAAUCACCCGGUCGAUUUCCAGCGCAGCAGCAAUAUUUCCCUCCUCAAGGACAAGGACGUGGAAAUCAGAAUCAUGGAUAUUAA